AUGUAUGGUUUUUCACAGGAGUAUGGAACGGAACACGAGAUCGCAGAAGAAGAGCAACUUGAACGAGGAGAGUCCAAUGAAUCUAACAAUAAGCGAAGUUCUACAUCUAAUGUCGGUCUUGCUCAGCGAAAACCAUUAAAAUACGAGUUCUCAUUGGUGAUUGAUUGCUCCGGGUUUCCAUAUGUCGAUUAUCUUGGACUGGACACCAUUAAAAAGAUGUACACGGAGCUGAGCCGGGACGGCAUUGACGUUUAUUUGGCUGAAGCACGAGAAGAUCUGAGGAAAAUGUUCGAGCAGACUGAUUUCUACGAAGUGGUUGAUCGUACACAACUCUUCACACACCUUUCAGAUGCCGUCAACGCUUCUGAGGAGAAAAGGAAACAAUCAUCUGUCGUGUUGCCGGAUUCGCAACAAAUCGAGCAGCAAGAUUCUGAAAAUGACACAAAAGUCGUGGACGUCGUCGCGAGUGAUGAAGCAAUCGUCGAUUUGAAGUUGCAAUUGGCUAUCGGUAUUUGA